CCAUCCAUGGGAAAUGGUUACCACGGCUGCAAUGCAGAAAUACCCCAACCCCAUGAAUCCCAGUGUAGUGGGCGUUGACGUGCUGGACAGACAUGUGGAUCCCUCUGGAAAGCUGCACAGCCACAGACUCCUCAGCACAGAGUGGGGCCUGCCUUCCAUUGUGAAGUCUCUUAUUGGUGCCGCAAGAACAAAAACGUACGUGCAGGAGCACUCUGUGGUCGACCCGGUAAAGAAGACAAUGGAGCUCAAGUCCACCAAUAUCUCAUUUACAAAUAUGGUCUCAGUAGACGAGAGGCUCACAUACAAGCCGCACCCCCAGGACCCAGAGAAAACUGUCUUGACCCAGGAAGCCAUCAUCACCGUGAAAGGGGUCAGCCUCAGCAGCUACCUUGAAGGACUCAUGGCAAGCACCAUAUCUUCCAAUGCUAACAAAGGCCGAGAAGCAAUGGAAUGGGUGAUCCAUAAACUGAACGCUGAGAUUGAAGACUUGGCAGCAUCAGCAAGAGGAAGCAUACGGACGCCGAUGGCAGCCGCGGCAGCCUUGGUGGAAAAAUGACAGUGGAGAUGGGUGUGCAGCUUCAGGGCCCCAGGACUCUCCAAGCUGACAUCAUAUUUAUUUGUUAUUUAAAAGAUACGGCUAUUUUAGGUAGAGUUUAUUAUUUCUUUUUUUUAAUGAGCUGGGGUAAGGCUGUGACUUUUGAUCAAAGCAAAAGAUGGAGAGUUUCUAAAUCAAAGUGAUUGUCUGAGGUGGAAGGGCUUGAGGGAGCUGACUGGAGAGUCUUGUGUUCGUGUGAACAAUUCAUGGGUUUGUUUGUUUUUUGUUUAAGUACUUAGAAGAAAUCGAUGUUGACCUCAAGUCUCCUUAGGUAGAAUCUUAGAGCCUGUCAGGGACUGGAACAGUAUCUGGGUAUGGACCAACCAGAAGAAAGGCCGGCCGCCCUCAAGUCCACACAGUUGCCCGCUGCUGUGAACUGGAACCACCUGCCCGAGGAACUCACUUUAAAAAAAGAAACUGUAUAAUUUCAAAUGCCAUUAAUUUGUAUAAAAUAACUUGCCCUCUUGGAAACCAGU